AGGGGAGGGGGCGGGCCCUCGGCCCCCCUGGAUCCGCCUAUGGGGAGGGGUGUAGUCUGCAAGUUUCAAAAAAGGACUUAGACGUAAGACUAGGCUACAGUCUGUGUGUAAACGGUACGGGGUACGGUCUUCAUGCAUGCAGAAGACUACCGAGCAAGCUAAAUCAAUAUGUCAGCGCCCAUGAAACUUCUUCAAGCAAUAAAGAAGAAUUCUUUUCUUCGUUACGGACUUCCUAUGUUGGUAUUGGUUAUUGGUGGUGCCUAUGGACUGAAAGAGUUUCGAUCUCUCAGAUAUGAAAUCAUUGAUAAGAGAAAAACGGUUGAUCCAGAAACUGAGGCAAGAAUGAAACAACUUCAGAAAGAGAAAAAGGCUUCUGUUGCUGAAGAAUAUGAGAAAAUGCAACAGUCUGAUCUGGACAACUGGCACAAUAUCCGAGGACCCAGACCAUGGGAGGAUUCUAAAGAGUUUCAGAUGAUGCAAAGAGAAAAUAAUGAGAAAAGCAAACAUAUAUCAACAAAGAGAUAACAGUAAUCUAUCUAUACAUCAGGUUUUAUGCAUAUCUCAUUGAAAGAAAGACUAUUCAACAAUGUGUUAUCAUCUGUCAUUGUUUCACUGUUUUCUUUUUUUUUUAAUGAAACAUCAAUAGAUAUUUUACAGAUUGCACACAGGGCAUUUGUGAAUUAUAUAAAAAUAAUUGUGUAAUAUUUAGAUAGUCAUAUUAUAUUUAAAAAAUCUUAUCGAUGAUUUGUUGAACUUCACUUUGUUAAGAAAUUUAAAUGAGUUUGACUUGAUCAUUUGAGUAUCUGUGCAGGUUUUAUAUACAAUGGUUUUCUGAUUUUGAUUUGUCUUUGAAUACAAGAACCUUAUGCAUCAAGGUAUAUUAAAGUACUUUGGAAACCAAAACUAGAAUAGAAUUUGUACCAUGCAGAGUUUAGAACUUUGCUUGAUCUUUCAAUCAUCUUUGUACAGAGUGUGUAGGAAUUAUAAAUAUGCAAUUAAAAGAAAUUUAUCCUGUUUUAAGGAAUGAUGGCAUGAAGAAGAUACUAAAUGUUUGUAAAAACCUUAAAGUUUAUUAAAUUAUUGAUUAACAUCUUUGUUAAAAAUCAAAACUUAUUUUGGUACUUUAAAAUAAAAUAUGAGUCAUAGUUCAAUAAUACCAAACUAAAAUUCUCACAUUGUUAAUGUCCAUUACAAUUACAAAAAUAUUUUUGUUUAGUUAAGUGAUAUGAACAUAAUGAAUGAGUUAUAGCUUGAAAAGACCAAUUAGAUAAUCUCAGUUCUCAAAAUUUAAUAUCUGUGCCAAUUUUUGAGGAUUAUAUCUGACAACUGUUAUCAAAUUUUUCCCUGAUAACAAGAUUUAUGCUGAAACUGUUUGUAUUAAAGUAACACGUCUGAUGUGUUCCAUUCAAAACUUUGUUGGUUUCAGGAUUUUGAAUAGAUAACUAUUUUUAUAAUUUGUUUGUAUUAUCCAUUUCUUCCAGUUUAUCAAUAUUCUCAAUGGUUUUCUUUACCCUUUGACUCUCAUAGUACUGUUUAAACAAGGAUAGGGCUGUUCCAUAUCACUAAACCUUAUUAUAUUUCUGAAAUUUGUUUUAAUUAUGUUCAUUCAACUGUAAAUUGCCAAUUUGUCUACUGCCAACUCGUCCACUCACCACAUGGUCUACUUUCAUGUAGUCUAAUGUAUGCCAUUCCGUCCAUCAACAUUUUGUCUAACAACCAUUUGGUCCAAUCAUCACUUCAUCUCAUAACCAGUUGGUCUAAUAUCCAUUUCAUUUUCAUUCAUUUUGCACAAUUUAACACUUAGUCCAAUAAGACCAAAUAGUAUAUGGAUCUUAUGGCUAUUGGACCGACAGGUUGUUAGACGGAAUGGCAUUAGACUAAAUAAAAGUAGACCAUGUGGUGAGUGGACGAACUGAUGGUAGACCAAAUGAUAGUAGACGAAUUGGAAAUAAACCCAUUCAACAAGUAUGUUUUUAUGUAAGGAAUUUGAGCAAUGUUUUAAAAAUGUUACGAGCAUUGUGAUAUUAAAUUUGUAUUCUCAUAGUA